AUGAUGCACAAAAUAUCUUAUCUUCUACGUUUACUAUUAUCAAUUCUACUCUGUCUCCAUCUUCUCACCACUGUAUCCGGCAUUAUUGACCAGUGGUGCCACAAAACUCCUUACCCUGAUCCAUGCAAACACUACUUUAUAAACCGUAACGGUGGUUAUCGACUUCCCACACAACUAUCCGAUUUUCGAGUAAUGCUUAUUGAAGCAGCCAUGCAUCGGGCGAUAUCUGCUCGGGACGAGCUAGCUAAGUCCAGCCUUAACUGUACUGAUAACCAGAAACAAGCCGUUUUCGCUGACUGCAUCGACCUCUAUGGAGACACUAUCAUGCAGCUGAACCGGACACUACAAGGCUUGUCCGGAAAACAGUACUGCACCGACUUCGAUGCUCAGACGUGGCUGAGCACCGCACUCACAAACACCGAGACGUGCCGACAAGGAACGACAGAUUUCAACGUCUCUGAUUUCAUCACACCUAUUGUUUCAGACACCAAAAUAUCCAAUCUCAUAAGCAACUGCUUAGCCGUCAACGGAGCCCUCAUGACCAGCAACACGGCUGAUCGGAAGGGAUUUCCGACGUGGAUUUCCGGGAAAGAGAGAAGACUUAUACAAGUGAACUCUGAGAGUGCUGUCCGAGCUAACAUCGUGGUGGCCAAAGACGGAUCGGGACACAUGACGACGGUGCAAGCGGCUAUUGACGUGGCGGGAAGGAGAAAGGUGAUGUCAUCAGGCAGGUUUGUUAUAUACGUGAAGAGAGGAGUAUAUGAAGAAAACAUAAACGUACGUCGAGAUAACAAUAACAUAAUGUUGGUCGGAGAUGGGAUAGGAGCCACGAUUAUCACCGGUGCUCGUAGUGUCAAAGAUGGUUACACCACUUACAAUUCCGCUACUGCUGGUAUCGAGGGACUUCACUUCAUAGCCAAAGGCUUAACAUUCCAGAACACGGCAGGUCCAUCAAAGGGCCAGGCCGUGGCACUUCGAUCAUCCUCAGACCUCUCAAUCUUCUACCAAUGCUCAAUUGAAGGAUACCAAGACACAUUGUUGGUCCAUUCCCAACGCCAGUUUUACCGUGACUGCCACAUUUAUGGAACCGUAGAUUUCAUAUUUGGAAACGCGGCCGCGGUUUUCCAAAACUGUCUCAUCCUCCCUCGCCGCCCUCUCCAGGGCCAAGCCAAUGUAAUAACCGCGCAAGCUCGUGCAUAUCCAUUUCAGAACACUGGAAUUUCUAUUCAUAACUCGACUAUCUUACCGGCUCCUGAUCUAAUACCGGUGAUGAGUACCGUUAAGACGUUCAUGGGUAGGCCAUGGAUGAAGUACUCGCGAACGGUGGUUCUUGAGACGUAUUUGGAUAGUGUUGUGAGUCCGUUAGGUUGGUCGCCGUGGCUUAAAGGUUCGGAUUUUGGUUUAGACACGUUGUUCUACGCUGAGUAUAAUAAUACCGGACCAGCUUCGUCCACUAGCGGGCGUGUUCGUUGGAAAGGGUUUCAUGUGUUGAAUAGAGCUUCUGAUGCAUCUGCUUUCACUGUUGGAAGCUUCAUUGGCGGUACUGCAUGGCUCCCAGGCACUGGCGUACCCUUCACUUCAGGACUUUAA